UAGAAAAAGAUGAAGUGGUGCUGCAACAGUGUUCAUCUCUGAGAUCCAUUGCAAUGAAAGAGAAUGACUCAGAUGACUCCUAUCCCUUUCUCUGUGUUACACAGUGUUCUUUUACUCUUCAUUCUUUGAAAUACACAUUUGUCUUUGAUUUAGGGCAGCUUCACAUGUGUGCUUCAAACUUGGCAUUUUCUUUGUGAAAAUCUGCCCUGUUAAAAUCAAUCCCCCUUGAAUGAAUAAUGUAUUAAAACAUUUAUAUUUUAAACUUUAUCGGUGGGUUGGGUCCAGAAAUCUGUUGAGCAGAAUUCUGCUUGAGUUGGAGAAAGGGAGCAUGAAGGUGAUUUUUGCUAAUUGGUCCUUCUCUCUUCUGCCCCAUGUGCCUUCUGAAAAAUUGAGGAAUUAACUGGAGUAGAGUCAUAGAAUCAUAGAAUUGGAAGAAACCUCAAGGACCAUCCAGUCCAGUCCCUUGCCAUGCCGGAAGACAGACAGCCAUCCACUCUCUGUUUAAAAACCUCCAAAGCAGGAAACUCUAUAGAAGAAGUGGUGAGGAAGGGUGAAGUGUCAAGAGUCCCUGUUUCUUACUUCACUGGAGAGCCUUUGCUGGAUCUCAUUGCUUUUCACAUAAUAAAGUUUCACAGAGCUUCUAAGGCAAACAAGAAGCCAGUUCAAUUACCUCGGGGAAUGGUGAAAUCUCUAUUAUAUCAGAUCCUAGAUGGUAUUCAUUACCUACAUGCUAACUGGGUGUUACACAGGGAUUUGAAACCUGCUAAUAUUUUAGUUAUGGGUGAAGGUCCUGAGCGAGGAAGAGUAAAAAUUGCUGACAUGGGCUUUGCCCGACUAUUUAAUUCACCUUUGAAGCCUUUAGCUGAUUUGGAUCCAGUAGUUGUAACAUUCUGGUAUCGAGCUCCAGAAUUAUUGCUUGGAGCAAGACAUUAUACCAAAGCUAUUGAUAUUUGGGCUAUAGGGUGUAUAUUUGCAGAGCUGCUAACAUCGGAGCCAAUAUUCCACUGCCGACAAGAGGAUAUAAAAACUAGUAAUCCAUAUCAUCAUGACCAGCUGGACAGAAUAUUCAAUGUAAUGGGAUUUCCUGCAGAUAAAGAUUGGGAAGAUAUUAAAAAGAUGCCUGAACAUUCGACGUUAAUGAAAGAUUUCCGAAGAAAUACGUAUACCAACUGCAGCCUUAUCAAAUAUAUGGAAAAACACAAAGUUAAGCCAGAUAGCAAAGCAUUCCACUUGCUACAGAAAUUGCUUACUAUGGACCCAAUAAAGAGAAUUACCUCAGAACAGGCUAUGCAGGACCCUUAUUUCUUAGAAGAUCCACUUCCUACAUCUGAUGUGUUUGCAGGUUGUCAGAUCCCGUACCCAAAACGAGAAUUUCUAACUGAAGAAGAACCUGAUGACAAAGGAGACAAAAAGAACCAGCAGCAGCAACAGGGCAAUAACCACACAAAUGGAACUGGUCAUCCAGGAAAUCAAGACAACAGUCAUACACAGGGACCUCCCUUGAAAAAAGUCAGAGUUGUUCCUCCUACCACUACCUCAGGUGGACUUAUUAUGACCUCAGAUUAUCAGCGUUCCAAUCCCCAUGCUGCCUAUCCAAACCCUGGACCAAGCACAUCACAGCCACAGAGCAGCAUGGGAUAUUCAACUACCUCCCAGCAGCCUCCACAGUACUCUCACCAGACGCACCGGUACUGAGCUGCACCUGAAUAAAGUCAAUGCACUGUUGCUAAGGCUGCAGGACUGGCUGUGCUGCUGUCUGCCUGGAACCUGGCUUUGGGCCGCAAGAAUGUACUGUAACUUGUUGCAUUUUCAAAAUGUCUGAUAGCCAAGUUCCACUAUUUUUCACAGGCUGGGAGUAGUGGCUCCCUCAGAUUGUACCCAUUUAUGGAAUUAGACUUGAAAAGAAAGUACUAGCACAGUUUGUGUUGUGGAUAUGCUACUUCCAUAGUUUACUUGACAUGGUUCAGACUGACCAAUGCAUUGUUUUCAGUGACAGUCUGUAGCAGUUGAAGCUGUGAAAUGUGCUAGGGGCAAGCAUUUUUGUUGUUGUGAUGAAUUCUAUUGAUGUUAACAACGUUAUCUGACCAAUAGUACGCAAAAUCUCUUAACUGGUAUUUGAAGCAUACAGUAUGUGUUAAUGAGAUGAAAACAAACUAACCGUGGCUCCAAUUGAGAGAAUUUUGAUAUACAUUGAUUUUUAGUGACUUUUUUGUGGGCUGAUUCAUUUUCCACAUUGAUCAAUGUUUUUGACCAACAAAUUUGCUGCAAAGAGAUUUUUUAAGACAGUAAAAGAAACAUGAGCAUUUUUCCAGCAGAUUUACAAGCCUCCCAAAGAUUAAUUUUCAACAUAUGUUUAUUUUGUUCUCAGAUCUAUGACUUGACUGGUAUUAAAGCUGCUAUUCGAUAGUAAAUGAGUGUGUUAUUGAGAUAAACCUGUUUGGUUCAGCAAACCAACUAAAAUGAUUGUCAUAGGCAGUGUUUUAUUUUUCCUGUUGGUGUUAACUGAUUUGUGAGCAUGCUUGGAAUUUAAAAAGCAUGAGUCAUGUUCCCUACAAACAAACAAACAGUGCGACAUUCAUUCAGAUAUUUUUGUCAUGAUUUUUGAGAGCUGGCUUGAUGUAGUGGAUAUUAAAUUUUGUUAAUUAUUUUUAAAAUAUGUUCGCACAUUUGUUUAGGGGCACCUUUAUUAAAGCAGAGGAUUAAGGUGUUAGGAGAACCCUAGAAUUUGAGAGAAAGCUAUACCAUACAAUGUACUGUAUCCAACUAUUUUACAUGAAUGACGCAGGUAUUCUGAAUUUUAAAAAAAAUCAACAUUGCUAAAACAAGGUGUUACAUAAUAAAAUUAUUUUUCAUAAAUCUGCA